AUGUUCUGGGCUGCUAGCUGUGAGCGAGCCUGGGGAUCCUGGAAGCUUGAUGCUGUGUGGCGCUACUGGGACCACUUCCUCACAGAGUUCUUCCCCUCGGAGGUGCUCGUGCUGUCAGUUUCCAACCUCGACUUUGAGCGCUUUUGGAGCGGCCCGGGGGCACCUGCGGCCGCUCCGCCCAAAGCGGCGGAAGGUCUUUUGUUGCGGGAUGCUUUUAUUUCUGGCAUCCUUCCAGAGCGGGAAUCUUGUAUCCGAGCAGGCGAGCCGCUCGCGGAGCCCUCCGCCUCGGAGCUCCAGCCGAGGAUCGUCCAAAGCAAGCUCGAGCUCCGACAGCAGCUCCUGUCACAGUGCCACGGAAGUGAGUCGCAGCUGACGCGCCGUCAGCUGCUGGCGCUGGCCGAGCGCUUCUCCUUCCCUCCUCAGGACAACCGCCUCGGCAGUGCCUUUGUGCUGGUCCGAGCCACCGAAAACACCUGGGUCCUUGCGCAGAUCUUGGACAUCGAGAAGACCGAUCCAUACCUGCUGAAGAAGGAGAGGCGGCCGUCGAAAAAGCGUGAAUUUGAUUGGAAACUUCGUCUCCAGCGCGGAAAUGAUGAAAAGUCGGUGAAGGUUGGAGCCAUCUCCAACCGAAAAGUAGAUAGACACCACAUGAUGGCCUGGAAAGAGGCCAGCAACAUUACUGAGGAAGCCGAAGCCGUGAUGUACGACCUGCAAGAGGUUUCCAGGAAAAUGGUUUCAAUCAAAGCGCAACUCCCGAGCACGGGCACGCCGCGGUCCACGCCUCGCUCGGACCCGGCGCCCCCCUCGGAUGUGGCACCGUCUUUGGACCAGCGGUGUGGGUCGGAGCCCAAAGAGACGCCCACGCCCAGCAGGAACGAAGAUCCUCCACAAGAGCCGCCUCCAGCCGAGGAUCCAGAACUCUCCGUUUAUGAGAACUUGUUGGGCUCGCAUCAACUGCGACGUGGGUUCUAG